GAUAAAUUACCUAAAAAUGUUUUGUAAAUUUAUAAUUAUUCUUGGUUCUUAUACGUGUAAAUUGUAAUUGUUAUUCAUUAAUAAUGUUUAAUUUUAUUAAAACUAUGUGAAAUUGUUUUGAAUACUUUCAGUCAAGUUUGUAUUCCAUCUUUAAGAUUAUCGAGAGGUACGAACAAUAUUUCCUUACUAGUAGAGACUUGGAGAAUUGAAUUGUGAGUAUGGACAUAGAUCAGUUGGGCAAUGAUGCCAAAUUGGCAGCAACAAAAUACUUUACAAAUACGCUUAAGAAUCCAGGACAAUUGGAAAAAGUUGAACAAUUAAAGAAUCGGAUAUCACGUAAAAAAACUUCUACUGAGGCAAUGUUGAAAACAGCUAUGCAAAGUCAAUUAGAUGGUGUCACAAUUGGAAUGGAACAACUGAAAGACGCAUUGGAUGAUAUAAGUAAGGUAAAGAUAUACCUUAGUCAAACAAACAUUCAUUUAUCAAUUUACCAUCUCUUGGGUACAAGUUGCAAGAUGUGCGCACCAAGCAAAUGCAACAUUCUCAGUACUUGACGGCUA